UUUCCUCAUUGGCGGCAACAUCGACAUCGACCUUCCCUGUCAAUUGACCACCAAUGGCUUCCAGGAAACCUGUCACGGCUGCUGCUUUAGCCGGCUUUAUCACGGCUGGUCUCGCGGCCGCUGACGUCCCGAUCGCCGUGUAUCACGACGCCACCUACUCGCUAUCUGAGUCUUGUGGCAUUCCGUGCUCUGGCGUCGGAGCCGAGCCUGUAGGUACUGCCUGCCCCAAAGCUGGCGAUGUCGCCACCUCCGACUGCCAGCCGUAUCUACUGUCGUACAACGGUGCAGUGUGCGUUGCUCCAACCGCUGCCGAGUGCGUUCUCAUCCACGACGACGUGUGGGGUUGUGAAUUCCCGAAAACGAGCUACACUUCUGCUGUCGAGGCAGAGACCAUCGCAGCGUACGACGGAGAAAGCUCGAGCUGGGAUGCCGGCCAUGACGAAGGUGUCCAAGUCGGAGAUGAAGAGGAGGAAACCCCAACUGGUGUCCACUACGACACGACCGUCGAUGCACCGCUCGGUGUCAACUGUGAGGUUGCAACUGAGACACCAACGCAAGGUCACACGACGGAGGGUGGCAAGUACUAUGGCUCGACGGGCACCGCCACUUCGCCCGGCACUACAGAGUCGACGUCUGGCGGUAAGACGACUGUCGACCAUGGCACUACAAUUAUUCACUACGGCUCAACGAUCACCGAGGGGGUGGUUAAGGGUGGCUACGGCCCCGCUGAUGCAAAGGUGGUCGAUAGCACGACACUUGUUGACCAUUCGACCGACACUACUGAGACUACCGAGAGUGGUAACAUUUCCGGUGGCUAUGACACAGCCGGUACGAUCACGGAGAGUGGUGCUACAACUGAAGGCUACACCACUGGCGGUACUACCCACGAGACCACUGAGGGUGGCACUGUGGACUACAAUGCCGGCACAACUGAAGAAAGUCCCGAUACCACAACGGUAGACUACAAACCCGAGAAAACAGGAGGUCAACACUAUGAGACCCCUUCUGAAGUCGGUGCACAAGAUUACACACCAGAAACCGAUAAGCCAUGUGAUGAUACUGAUGCACCAACUCACCAAACGACGUACGCACCGACGGAGGAGACCACCUAUGGCCCGACCGAGGAAACGAUGUACGAACCGACGGAGGAGACUACCUAUGGCCCAACCGAGGAAACGACGUACGCACCGACGGAGGAGACCACCUAUGGCCCGACCGAGGAGACUACCUAUGGCCCAACCGAGGAAACGACGUACGCACCGACGGAGGAGACCACGUACGGACCCACCGAAGAGACGACAGUCCUGGAGAUUCUAUAG